ACUACAGCGUGGCAGAGCGUCAGAGAUCCCUCGGUCAUCCCUCAUUGAAAAGGUUGGCGAGCAAGCGGACGAUCUGUCGAAGACUUCACAGCAAAACAGUUUCUGACAUGCACUUUGAUAAAUCGCCAAAAGAGAAGCCGUGUUGCACACUGCCCACAGUGAAAAAACUCUUGGAGCAGAAGAGAAGACGCGAGACGUCCUCUGUGCCACCCUGCUGCCCGACAACCAGCACAAGUCCUGUUCCUCCAGCUACUGUUACACAAUUGCCUCCAUCAGAACCAUUCCCCUGUACAGGUGCAGCAAGUAGCUACUCAGACAUGGCAGUGAGCUAUGAGCAGUGGGCCCCAGCUCCUGAGUCUACACUCAGUUUCUAUGGCAACCAACCAGGAACCAGCUUUACCACAACCUACAGCCACACAAUGACACCUGAAUACACACAGCAACCAGUCCAUCCAUUUGUGGAAACAAUGUCCCAGCCAUAUGACUGCCUGGGGGCUCUAUCAGAUUCUUCCUGGUCACUUCUGGACCCAGGCCAGACCACACAGCUGACUUUCAGUUCAACAAUGGAUACCACCAAGCUAGAGGAAGCCAGGAUGCUGCUUAGCAGGAUGGACUACAGCAGAACUACCUGCCAGGAUGAAGAUGGAGACACCAUCCUGCACAUCUACACUGCCAAGGGACUGAGAGAGUGUGCCUAUGCUGCUGCGGAGAGGCUGAGGGAUGUAGGGAGACUUGAUGCAAAAGAACACAAGGGAAAGACUGCUUUACUGGUGGCAGUGACGGCAAACCAGGCAGACAUUGUCCAAGAUCUGCUGUCUUUGGGAGCGGACAUCAACGCCUGUGACGUUAAUGGACAAACCGCUCUUCAUCUGGCUUCCCACUAUGGAUUCCCAGGGGUUCUGCGGGCGAUUCUGUCGAGCAGGCCGGCCGUCAACCUGGAGGCCCGCAAUUUUGAAGGGAUGACCCCUCUGCACUGUGCAGCCAUUUCUCACAGUGUCACGGUGAAGGCUUUGUCUACCAAUGGGCAUGCAGAUGUUAAUCUUCAGACCAAAGCUAUGGAGAAGCUCUCUUGUGUGCAGAUGCUACUUGGUGCAGGGGCAUCCCUUCUCAGUCAGGAAAUCAAAAGUAACAAGACUGUGUUGCAUUUGGCUGUGAAGGAGGGGAACAUUGAUCUGGUGCGUUAUCUGCUGAGUAUUCCCCUGCCGAACAUGAAAGACUUUGUCAAUAUGAAAGCUCACGGCCACACAGCUUUACACAUGGCAGCCGGUCUCCAUGGUAACCUCCACCAGGAGGUGAUCCUGCAGUUGCUGCUGAGCAAAGGAGCUGAUCCCAGCAUCCGCAAUCUGGAGAAUGACCAGCCAGCUCACCUGCUGCAGAGCGGCCUGCAGGGAGAACAGCUCAAGCUCAUGCUGAAGAAACGAAGUGCCUCCUCUCGUCGACGUAUCGUGUCCUUGCAGGACCAGGAAUGACUCAGAUAAUUUGUAGUCCCAUUUUGGAGGGAAUA